GCGCGCGCGCACGAGUUCGCCUCGUCGAUCGCCUCGCACCGUCGAUCGCCGUUCAUCGCGCGCGACACGCACGUCCGAGCCUCUCUCCUCGGUCGCGCCGAUCCGAUUCCGAUUCGCGUUCGCGCGAUCGAAUUUAAUUUGAGCACCCGAAUUAAUUCUUCUCGAUCCACGACCGACGACGAUCCGACGACGACGAUGCGCCUCCUCAAGUUCCGCCGGUCGUUCGUCCUCGCCGCGAUCGCGGUCCUCGCGACGCUCUCGCUCCCGUCCGUCCGCGCGCUCGAGCCGCUGCCGUUCGUGGAGAUCCCCCUGUACGUCGGCGAGUCCAAGCAGACGCUCGGCAUCUACGAGGGCGACAACGUGAACGAAGCCGUGGACGCGUUCGGCGCGACGCACGAUCUCUCCCCGGACGAGCUCAAGACGCUGAAGGAGGAGGUCACGAAGCGGUUCGUCGCGAUCGCGGACGUCGUGAGAGCCGGCGCGAGCCCUGGCGCGUCGUUCGACGGGAAAGAGCCGCUGUUCCAGUUCCCCGUGGGCGUCGGCGACGGCAAGGUGGUGCCUCUCAAACUGUACGAGGGCGACAACCUCCUCCGCGCGGUGCAGAAAUUCGCCAAGAAGAACGGCGUCCCGGAGGACAUCGUCCCGUCGCUGUUCCAGCAGAUCCAGCUCAAGGUGUACGGCGAGAACUUCGACGACCCGACGAUCACGCCCUUGGGCGGGGGCGCGCCCGGGGACGCGUCCGCCGACCCGGAGGCGCCGCCGCAGCUCCUCUACGAGUUUCCCGUGGACGUCGACGGCUCCGGGGACAAGGACAACUUGACGCCGUUGAAGUUGUACCGCGGCGACGUCUUGGGCGAGCGCGUGAAGGCGUUCGCGGAGGAGCACGCGCUGGACGACGAGGCGAGCGAUAAGCUCGUCGCCGCGGUCGCGGAGCGCAUCGCGGCGACGCAGCAGGCGGAGAAAGCCGCGGAGGAGAUUCGCGCGAAACGCGAAGCCGAGGCUUUGGCCGCCGGCGAAGAGGGCGGGGAGCCGCCCGAGCCGCUGUACGAGAUCCCGAUCAACGUGGACGACGACACGUACCCGCUGAAGCUGUACGAGGGCGACAUCUUGCGGACCGCGGUCGAGGCGUUCGUCAUCGAGCACGGGUUCGAGAUCACGUCCGUGCCGAUCAUCGUCGACGCGGUGUCCAAGCAGUUCAACAAGGACGACGCCGACGCCGACGCCGCCGACGACGACGGGUCGCCGAAGCCGCUCGUGUCGUUCGCGGUGUCCAUGGACGGCGGCGACGGCAAGCCGCUGCCGCCGAUCGCGCUGUACGACAACGAAGACGCGGACGUCGUCGCGAACGAGUACUGCGAGAAGCACGGCCUAGACGUGAAGGUCACCGCGCCGCAACUCGCGGACGCGUUGAGGAACUCGCUCAAGGAGAAGACGCCGGCGGAGAAGGCGGAGGCGCCCGCCGCGGCCGCGACGGAGGAGGAGAAGGGCGACGCGACGACGGGAGAGGAUAAGGAGCUGUGA